GAUAGCAGGGAGUACCCAGAAAUAGAACUCUGUGAUAGAGCGACGGGUAGGGCAUCUGUACCCUCUGCGGGCAAACUAGGCAGGGAUCAAGACAAAAAAAGGUAUUGUGGUAAGGGAGUGCUGAAGACUGUUAGGGUAGUCAAUGGAGUGGUAUCAUUGGGAGGGAUGCAGCAGACAAAGGGCAAUCGAUAAAGCAUUGAUCGAAUUGCACGAAGAAGAAAUAAAUCUAAGCUUAGGGCAAACGCAACUUAGGGCAGCAAUAGGUAUUUGGGAGGAGGGCGGGCAAGUGUUGUG